AUGAAGUCGACGUUCUCGUGUAAAACCUCCGAUGGGACCUCGUGCAGUGUGACUGCGGCGAACUGCGUUGGGCAUGUGUCUGAAGUACUCGCCUGGCACGACGCGAGCAGGUGUUUCGAAUUUGAGGAAUCCACGUUCCCGUGCAAACUAUCUGAUGGCUCGAUCCAGGCUGAUAGACAAAAUUAUGAUGAUGGAGGCGCUAAUGUAGGCGCUUUAAUAAUUUACUGUUACGGCGGUCUUAAUACGUACGCCACCUGUCAAGGCACCAUCAAGACCCCCGUCAACUUCGAAUCCUGCACGGGCUUCGUCAACGAGAACCUCAUCUCCAUCCGCAUCGCCCAGGCGCUCGCGUACUCGAGCACGCUCAUCAGCAUUCUCAGCGCCGUGUACGAGUUCUUCGCCAAGCGCGAGCUCCGCAAACAGGCGCGCGAGCGCGCAGAGAACGGCGACGACGCGCAAAUCACGCUCGACAUCGAAGCGGCUCCCGCGCAGAUUGCGUUGCUUCAGUUGGAAGUCGGGACUCAAAAGAAAACAAUCGACAUCUUGAAGAAAGCGUUUGAUGCCUCGAAGAAGGCAUUUCAGAAACAAGUGGACGAGCUCCGGCAGCUCCUCAUGUCACGGAGACGAGCGCCUUCAAUAUUGCCCGUGUAAGAUUUCUAGAUUUCGGAAGGGCUUAACCAUUUUCUAAGGUAUUUAAUCAAAGCACCGUACUGCCACGCGUCAGCUCGUCACUUGCAUUUCAGAAGACGCGCACGCUGUGCCCGGCGUCUAGGAACGGCGCCACGACGUUCUCGCGUAUACUGCAGUGCGUAAGAUUUAGAGAUCGCGCUUCGCCGUGCAUCAGAAGCGCGACGCGCUUUGGUUGCGCGCACUUUACCUGAGAUGAGCAGGCUUCGGCAGCAAGGUUCCAAAUUAAAUUGAGAGUAAGACCCGCAAACGAAUACGCGAACACUCUGACGAACACGCGGGGACUCGCAAGAGGUCGACGCGCGAUUCGUGCCGAAUUCACGUUUCGCGCGGCAAUAUCUGUAUGUCUAUCUGCCUUCCAUCGUUCGAUGGCAGUACCUGAGCAUCACCCCAGACCCCGACUUCCGUCAUUUUCGUCUAUUUUGGUCAAAUCCCGUAAACCCCGAAGAGGACGUAAGUCUUUCAAGCUCUCCGAUCAAGGGGGUGUCUCAAUAUGCCUACAAAUAUAUGGUGAUAGUAACAUGAAAGCCUGAGAAUUGAACUCG